UUCAUUUUCUCUGAAUGCCAAGAAUCUCUGUUUCUCCCGCACCACGAUCAGAUGACUGGGACAUUGUUGGGCUGUAUUGAGAAUGGCUGUGCGUUAAGAUUCGUUUGAGGAUUUCUUUAUCCAUAACUGUGUCUCUAAAUGGUAACUCUUGAUUAUCCUUGAUUAAAACGCGCACAUCGAACAUCGAACACCGAAUACUUGGAUUUAUCGCUACGUAUUCAAACUGUCUUCGAUCGCAGCUUUGCCAGAAUGGAUAAUUUCUUCUCGACGCUGGCUCCAAAGAGGAACAGCCUGUGUUUAUUAUGGGGGAUAUUAUUGGCCGUCAUAGCUGUGGUUAUUUGUGAGGAAACUCAUGCAGACUCGCAGUUGAAGRUAGAAGAGAAGAAAAGCAAUUUUGGAUUCAGAAUAGAACUGUUUAGUAAAUGUUCAAAGCCAUGUGGAGGAGGUACUCAGAUAGGUAUUUACGUAUGUUAUAACAAGACAAGUACUCUAGCUGUUAAACCAUCGCAUUGUCGACAUCUAAACCCACCUGGUCGAUACCUUAGGGUAUGCAACAUGCGACCAUGUGCCCACAGCUGGCACACGGGGAAAUGGAGUCCCUGUUCUACCUCUUGUGGUGAAGGAAUGAAAAAACGACAUGUAGAAUGCAUCAACCGACACAACGUUAAAGUCUCGAGUCUGAAAUGCGCGAGGAUGAAAGUUCCGCGAUGGAAACGUAAAUGCGGUUUAGCUGACUGUAAACCUGAAUUCCACGUUGGAUCAUGGUCAAAGUGUUCCUCAAGUUGCGGCGAAGGAAGAAAGAGUCGAACUGUCGUCUGUAAACAAAACCUUGCCAAUGGUACAGUCAUUACACUACCUCAUUCAAGUUGUGACGGGAUGGUGCCUGCUAAAGCUGUAAAAUGCAAGAAACCUGAGUGCAUGCAAGAAUCGCCAGGAGGAUGGCAUGAUAUUCAAGGGGAAGAGUCGUUUGACCAAGAAGAAGACGACGAUGCUUCUGACGCAUCUGCUGCUGGUUCGGGCGGUGGCGGAGGAGGAACAAAAGUUGGUAAAGAUCCUCCGAUCAUUAAAGUAAGCACAAAACCAAAAUACAUCCUCGGGAAGAAAACGUCCCUUUCUGUUCUCGUUGGUACUAAAGUUUGGGCCGUCAAGGGCUCUGAAAUAAUAGUGUCAUGCACAGCAACGGGGAAGUUUCCCUCAACGAUCACAUGGUCAAGAGAUGGCUUCGAGAUCACUAGCUACUUCGAAUAUGAUGUCGGUAUUGUCAAUGGUAAUUUGAAGAUUCGCGAGGUUGGUAGAUUCAAUGAAGGAACGUAUGUUUGUGAGGCGAAGAGUCAAGGUGGAACUGCAAGAGCUACAUUUGCUCUUACGGUUUUAGUUCUCAACAAACCGACUAUUAUUGGUGAUAAGUCUUCCCUCUCGUUCGGACCUGAUAAAGAGAAGGUCGAGGUAACAGUCGGUGGCAGAGUUACUCUUUUCACUGGUUCAUCGCUCACAAUAAAAUGUCCAGUCGUUGGAAAACCGACACCACGUGUUUGGUGGCUUAGUCAGGGCAGACCGAUAUCUGUUGGUAAAGCCAAGAUGAUCGGGAAUGAUUUGGUUAUUGAUAAGAUAGACAAGAUUUACUCUCUGAAAUACACUUGCAACGCAAGGAAUUUCCGUGGUAGUGCGAGCGCUACUACAAGCGUCAGUGUACUGGAUCUCUCUCCACCCAAGAUAGAUGCCCAAAUCAAAGUCAUUGAUGCACCCAUGAGUGACAGAAAGGUCUUAAUUGUGAUUGGUACGAACCUGACUCUCAUAUCAGGCGCAGCCCUUAUGAUAAAAUGUCCAGUUACCUCCAAACCAGCCCCGUUUCUCUCGUGGACGGCAAAAGGAAAGCCCAUAGAUGGACGCGUCAAACGUAUUAUGAUAUCACGUGAUAAGUCAUCCAUUAUUGUCAACAAGAUGGGGGUUGCUGAUACUGGUGUUUAUAGCUGUUCGGCCAAGAAUGUUGCUGGAAAAGAUACCAAGUCUUCUUACGUGAAAAUAGUAGCUCCUCAGCCUCCUUCGAUCCAAAGUAAAUCAGGAUUUCGUUCGUCGCUGGAGAAGGACCAAGAGUUGACCGUAACGAUAGGAGAACAGGCCACCGCCCUUACAGGAACUCUGCUUAGGAUCAUCUGCCCUGCUAAAGGCUUGCCUUUGCCCGUAAUUUCUUGGCAGAUCAACCGUAGAGCGGUCACUCGUUUUUUUAGUCAGUAUGUGGUCCAAGGAAACACCCUUGUCAUUAAGAAGCUUACUAGAAAUGAAAAUGGAGAUAUCGCUUGUACAGCGAUGAACCCGGUUGGAUCAGCUACURACAGCUCCAAAGUUAACGUUAUAGCUGGGCUGAAGCCACAAAUCAAGUCAAAAACUGGUCGUGUAGUCGGAGAAGGGAACAUUGAAGAAGCAAGUAUCACAAUAGGCCAAGAUCUUCGCAUUAUCGAAGGCAUGAUCUUCAGACUUCGAUGUCCUGUGACUGGUUUCCCUAGACCAACUGUGACUUGGACUAUUAAUGACAAUGACGUGGUGUCAUCGCAGCGAGUACUCAUUGACAAGGCCAACCACGAUCUGAUUAUAAAUGGGAUACAGAAGGCAGAUACUGGACAGUAUGUGUGCACGGCUGUCAAUCCUUUGGGCGAAGCCAGUAAAUCCUCAUUUAUUAGCAUCAUAGAUGAAAAAAGCGUCUCAAUUGAAAUUGGCAAGGCCAAGCUUGACACAACCAAGAGCGUAGCACCCGUCAAUAUGAAGAUUGGAGAUUCCCUGACCGCACUCUCAGGCACUGAUGUCACCAUCCUCUGUAACGUCAGGGGGGUGCCCUUCCCUUACGUUAAAUGGCGCAGAAAUGGAAAGCAGUUUGAGGAGAAAGAUUUUAAGGGUCAGUUUAGGAAAUUCAAUAAGGACACUGUCUUGAAGAUCCAUCAGGUAUCACCUCAAGUAGCGGGAGAAUAUGAGUGUAUAGCCACCAAUGUUGGAGGUGCUGAUCGGGUAUCGUCCACUAUUACUGUAAUAGCGUCACAAAGUCCUUCGAUAAAUUUUGGUUCCGCCAGUCAAGAGUCCCUUGACGAUCUCUCAAACGUCCAAGCAACCGUCGGUUCGUCUAUCAGAAUGCUCGCUGGCUCAUUGCUUUCCAUUUCAUGCCCUUCAAGUGGUGUGCCACUUCCUUCUUUCUCGUGGGAUUUCAAUGGCAAGCCAAUCAAAAGCCUAGGAAGAUUUCAGCUUAUUGGCAACAGUCUAGUCAUCAAUCAGACCAAGUCUCUUGACACUGGACGGUAUAGAUGCACGGCUACCAAUAUUGUGGCAAGUGAUAAACGACAUUCAGAUGUGACUGUCUUAGCUCCGAUUAAGCCUCAAAUACAAGGAAACCCCAAAGACCAAGAGGUCCUUGCAGCUGUCCCUGUUAUAACGGAAGUUGGAAGCACCAUCAAAAGCAUCGAGGGAGCCAGUCUGCAAUUAAGGUGCACGGCAAAAGGACUGCCAACGCCCACGAUUCAGUGGAAAUUCGAGGAGAUUGUAGUAUCUGGGGAAAUACUAAAGCUGCCUAAUUUGGAUCCUGGAGACUCGAAGAAAUAUACCUGUGAAGCUAGUAAUCUUGCUGGAGUUGAUAGAAGAGUAACAUCAUUAUUUGUUAUAGCCUUGGAGAAACCCGUAAUAUUGUCCUCCGAAGGAAGCGUCACCAAUUUCRAAAGAAAUCAGAAAAUUGCAGCCAGCAUUGGAAAAUCCAUCACGAUCAUUAAAGGCACGAUCCUCGGGCUGCUAUGUCACGUGGUUGGGUUCCCGUCACCGACUAYUGCAUGGACAAAAGACACUGUCACACUUCGACCUGGUAGAGGUUUCACUCCUUUCCGCCAAAACCUGACACAUCACGGCAUCGCUAUUGAUACUAGAUUAAGCACAGAUUUUAGCGGGAAGUAUGAAUGUGUUGCGUCAAACGCUGGUGGGUCUGUUGCUGCGUCGUCGGUCGUUGUUGUAAAAGCACCAUCUAAACCCGUCAUCGAGUCCACCAAACUAGUAGGAUCAAUCGGUUGGACAAGAACUCUCGACAACCGCGACCCGCGCGUCAUCACUAUCGGAGACAACGCCGAGGUUCUUACCGGUACAGAAGUCACAAUCAACUGUCCCGUGUCUGGUUUACCUGAACCUUCCGUCACGUGGUCUGCGGGCCGCAGGAGACUUUCGUCUGGAGGAAAGUAUAUGAUACCGAAAUCAAAUGUUUUGGUUAUUGGUACUCAACGAUUCCCAUCCAUCGUGGCAGAUUCGCUGGAAUACAGGUGUAAUGCUGCUAAUUACUUAGGAAGAGACUAUGCCGUUUCAAAAAUAAGGUUCACAGAACCAAAGAUUCCCACGAUUUUCACUUUCACCGGCCAGCUUAAUUACCUCACCAAGCAGAACAUAACCCUGACGAUAGGUACGAAGAUAAUAGCCAUUAUAGACAGCAAUAUCACCUUAAAAUGCCAGGCCAAUGGCUUACCGAUGCCAAAGAUCACAUGGCUAAGAAACGGCGUGCUCCUACGACAAAAUGGACCCCAGUUUAUCAUCAGUAAAGCAAGAAAAACAGACACUGGGACGUAUCAGUGCACUGCGUCUAAUCUGGCUGGAACGCGCAGUGCUAGCUCUGUUAUAACUGUACAAGAUCCACAACCCAAAACAGAAAAGCCAAAGAUCUUCCCAUCAAACCAAAGCAUCAUCGCUUCAGAAAACAAACUUUCCUUUGGCGUCAUUAUUGGUAGCAAUAUAACAAUCCUUGAGGGAAAGAACCUUGUUCUUCAGUGUCCCACCACAGGGUUACCAACACCCAAGGUUUCCUGGUAUUUUAAUAACAAACCCGUUGUCAGGUCAGAAACGUUGAUUGUUGACCCUGAAACUGGGGCGUUGACCGUGAUCGAGAUGAUGAAAGAAGAGACUGGGGCAUACACUUGUGAGUCUAAGAAUAUCGCUGGAGAAGAUCAUGCCUUCUCUUAUGCUAUUGUAGUUGGUCCCAAGGCACCCAAAAUAUCAGCUUCCAAUAAGGUCUACUUUAAACUAGACCCCACAAGAAAGCCAAUAAAGAUUAAUAUCGGUGACACUUUAACAACAUUCAAGGGAACGAGAGUCGCCAUACAAUGCCUUUCUACUGGUUUCCCUGAUCCUAGAAUUCGAUGGAAUAAGAACGACAUCUCACUAGCACCUCAGUUUCCUUUCUUUAUCAACGGAUCAAUGAUUAUCUUGGCAAAUCCUGAGGUAUCAGAUACAGGGACGUAUGCUUGCUUGGCUUCUAACCCUGGUGGAAAUGCAGACGCAAGCUCAAAUGUUACAUUUCUGGCUCCCCAGAGUCCAAACAUCACCACCACGCCUGGUGACGUAGAAUACCUCAGACGAGGAUCUGUCAGAAUCCGCAUAGGGAGCAACCUGAAGGUUCUUGAAGGGAAUAGUAUAGCAAUAAUGUGCGACGCCAAAGGGAUCCCAACUCCUACAUUAUCUUGGAAAAGAAACCAAAGGGGUUUGAGUAUCACUGGUAAUGUGUUGAUGGCAAGGAAUAUAAAGAGAUCUGACUCAGGGACAAUCACUUGUGAAGCCAGAAACUACUUUGGAAGAGACUCAAAGACGUCUGUUAUCACAGUUAUAGCUGGUCAGAAGCCCAAGAUCAAGACUUCUAUUCAGGCGAUCAGCGAUGUUGAUGAUCUCUCCAAGCAUUCCGCUAAUGUUGGAACUUCGUUCAAGGUGCUUGCGGGCUCACGAAUAAGAUUAUCAUGCUCCGCCACAGGAAUCCCAAAACCAGUAUAUUCUUGGAGCAUAAAUAGAAGACCUGUGAUUAACAGUGAACGCAUUUAUUUCAAUCAAUCAAUUGGUGUGUUGGAUAUCAAGAGCGUGGUUCUAGGCGACUCAGGACAAGCACAGUGUACUGCUACCAAUAUCAUUGGAACAGAUCGCAGCGAAAGUUUACUGAAUGUUAUUGCUCUUCGCGGUCCUUUUAUCCAGUCAUCCAAGUUAUCCAUCAACACUACCAACAGCGUCAAACCAAUAAGAAUCCGAAUAGGAACAAAUGCACAUGCAUUGGUUAACACUACCAUAAACAUAGUAUGUCAAGUGACUGGACUUCCGGUUCCGGUUACGUUAUGGAGUCAUAAUGAUGAGGUCAUAAGGGGUAAUCGAGUUACAGUAAAGGGUACAACACUGACUAUACUAAAAACACAAAUUGACGACGGCGGUGUUUACGCAUGCACGGCGAAAAGUGCCGCUGGAAAUCUAACAAUAAAGUCACAGAUUUCAUUAAAUGCUGGUCAACGGCCUUCAAUCGCCAGUAGUGAUGACAUCAUUACUGAACAUUCAGACUUCUCAACCACUUCAACCACCAUCGGUAGCUCUGUAUCUAUUUUGGCUGGCGCAGGUCUUAGUCUCAGCUGUCCAUUAAAAGGAUUACCGCCACCUGCAAUAGCGUGGAAAAUCGAUGGACGGAAUGCUAUACCCGGCAAGAAUGUUGUUAUUGAUCGUGCUAAAAAUACCCUGACUAUCCCUAAGCUACAGCGUGGAAGUGCCAAACGGACUAUAACUUGUACAGCGGUUAAUCCCCUGGGAGCUGUAAGCGCGUCUACUGACGUUACUAUUAUUCAACCCAUUUCCCCACGUAUCAACUCUUCCAGAACUGCUAUUAUCCAACUAACCAAUCAGAAUCAAGUAUAUUCACUAGUCGGAAACAAGAUCACAAUACUAGAGGGAACGUCUGUAUCACUCGUAUGUAAGGCAACUGGACUACCUAAACCGGAGGUAGACUGGACUCUAGCUAACAUUCCUGUGACGUCAGAAGGUCACGUGACUAUUGAUGGUGGCGUCGUGAAGAUUGUGAAAGUAGGAAGAGGAGACGCUGGAACCUAUUCUUGUAAAGCGACCAACCUUGUAGGGAUGGACACUGCUUCUACUGUCAUUGAAGUGAAAGAGCUCCGAGGACCAUUCAUCGACUCGUCUACCAGAGUUCUUAAUCUAAUCAGCAGCAUAAACCCAAUAGAAAUGAAGAUCGGUUCAAACCUUACAGCACUUUCUACCACCAACAUCACCAUUGACUGUAUAACUGAUGGGUUCCCUGUGCCUGUGACGUCAUGGAGAAAAGAUGGAAAGAUUAUUAUCAUAGAUCACGUGACAGUACGAGGGUCAAAGCUUAUUAUCACUCGUGCUCGUUUUUCUGAUGGCGGAGUGUAUGAAUGUAAAGCAAAAAGCGUCGCUGGGGAGCGCAAAGUGAGGUCACAUCUCACGGUAAUUGCUGGUCAAAAGCCCAUCAUAUCAAGCAGUGAUGAAGUCGAGUCGUCUUUAGCUGGCUUCACGAAGCUUACAUCRACUAUCGGUAGCUCCAUCUCAAUUCUGGCAGGAUCAGGGAUCAGGAUAAUCUGUCCCGUUAGAGGAAUCCCUAGACCUGUAGUGACGUGGAMUAUCAAAAGAAAAUCCAACAAGAAUCGAAUGUUUUUUGACAAUACUCAAAAUUUUGUCACCAUACCCAAGCUGGUCAGCGGAGAUUUUGGGGAGUUUACCUGUGUUGCAAAGAAUAUUCUUGGUGAAGCUAGGGCAUYGAGCGCCCUUAAUGUUAUCGAGCCAUUUAAACCAAGGAUCGACAAAUCCCAACAAAGAAUCAACGUAUUGGACAGCCAGGCUCCUGUGACAAUCCGAGUGGGAGCAACAGCAAGAGUAUUGGCAGGUGUUUCCAUUACCAUCAACUGCAAAGCUGUUGGUCUACCAUAUCCUAUCAUCUCUUGGACACUUGGAGACAAGCCCUUGAAGAGCAAAGGCCACGUGACUGUYGGUGACAGCCAGCUUGUCAUACUGAAUGGAGGGAGUGAGGACAGUGGAUUGUAUGDAUGUGUUGCGUCAAGCGCCAUGGGAAAUGAUACCGCAGAAACUCGUCUCACCAUUCACAGUGGCGAAAAGGCAAGGAUUACCACAGUAGGCAGGCAACUUUCGUUCCUCGRUGGCUUUGUCAACAUCACGUCUUAUGUUGGUGAUAACAUCACAGCACUGACAGGAUCAGACCUGACAAUCUUCUGUCCAACAGAAGGCAUUCCUGAACCUCUUGCCACGUGGUCUCGGGCGGGUGCACCUUUAGGAAGUGACAGACGAUAUACUGUCAAUCCCAUUACUAAUGCUUUGAGGAUUAGAAAUCUGAGGAGUGAGGACUCAGGUGGUUUUACGUGUAGUGCAAGAAACAAUCGAGGUGGAGACCAGAAAACCAGUAUUCUUAAUAUGAUUGUUCCAUAUGGACCAACCAUUAUAAAGUCCAGCAAGUCAAUAGAUGGAUUAAAAUCCCUAACACCAAUCCCAAUCACUAUUGGCGAUAACUUGACAGCUCUUGUCAAUGCAACUAUUACUAUCCAAUGUAAAGCCAGCGGUCUCCCCCAACCCAAGACUUCUUGGACACGAAAUGGAGUGAAAAUGGUUUCAAAAGGAAACGUGAUUAUUGGAAAAGAGACGCUUAAAAUUCAGAAGGCGACACUUGAUGAUCAAGGCGUUUAUACGUGUACGGCUGGUAGUGAUGCUGGAGCUGUUUUAGCUAGCUCGGUACUUGUAAUAAAAGAGCCUAUUCCACCAACUAUUAAGUCCUCCAACAAAUCCAUCGAGUCCCUCACACGUAAACCCUUGGGUAUCAUCAUCGGCGAGACCGUACGCACCUUGACCCGUAUCAAAUUCAACAUCACCUGUGAAGUAGAAGGGCUCCCAAAACCUGAGAUAAUCUGGAGAAAAAACGGUGUUGAACUACCAAUAGACGGACGAACAUUUGCCAACGGACCGAUUAUAUACGUUGCUGAUGCACUUACAGCAGAUACUGGUUUUUAUGUUUGUGAAGCAAAGAAUGUUGCAGGGAAGAAAACUGUGGUGUCGAAACUUGAUAUUAGAGAGCCAUCUGUACCAGAAAUUUCCGCCACGGACCAACGAAAGCUCCAACAGCUACGUCCCAUCACCAUAACAACAGAGGUAGGCAGCUACAUCAAGACACUGGAAAAAAGCAACAUCACGCUGACAUGUGAUGCUAAAGGUUUUCCUGCACCAACCAUCACUUGGAAGAAAGGUAUCAAGACCCUGGAUGUUGCCAGGGGCAACAAGACUUACACCAUCACCAAGGCAACUGUGUCUGAUAGUGGAAUCUACACAUGCACGGCAACGAAUUUGAAGGGCUAUGACUUUAGGAGCUCGAACGUGACGAUAAUUGCACCAAAGGCGCCAACCAUCAAAACCACCACUCAGACCCUAAACAUCCUCCGUCCAGAACCAGUGGAAAGUGACGUGGGUGGAUCCCUGACGACACUUUCUGACAACACCAUCAAACUGAUAUGCAAUGCUUCCGGCGUUCCUACACCUAACCUUGAAUGGUACAAGGAUAACAUCAAGAUUAACAACAAGGCCAAUGUUCUUAUAUUCAGCCCUGCAAGUCCACGAGAUACGGGUAUCUACUCGUGUGCUGCUAUAAAUCUAGCCGGGAGGAUUAAAGUCGAUACAAAUAUCAACAUAUUAGAGGGAAGAGUUCCAUCUAUUGUCACUUCCAARAAAACAAUCUCCGAACUCAAUCGCAUUCAAUACAUCGUUACCAAAGUGGGCGGUGUCGUCAACACUUUGUUGAGCUCAAACGUGGAAAUCAUGUGCGAGGCCAGCGGUUUCCCUAAACCGGAAGUCACGUGGUACAAAGAUGGAUAUGAGAUUCCAAUCAAUUCAGCGACCCACAUGGUGAAUACUAAAACGGGAACUCUUAUGUUCAUUAGCCUGGCUUUGAGGAAAGCUGGCAUUCAUAAAUGUGUUGCGAAGAAUUCUCUUGGGACGGCAUCUGCUUCAACUGUUCUCAAUGUUAAAGGUCUAAUUCACCCGUAUAUAAACAGUAGUCGUGGAGUCGAAACAAGCCUCAAGUCCCGCAAACCAGCCAUAGUUUCCAUAGGUCACAACCUGACUGUCCUUUCUGGCACUAAUAUUUCCAUCACAUGUCCCUCGGGUGGUGUCCCGCUUCCCGAAGUUACAUGGAAACGAGGGAAAGUAUCACUGACAUCGGGCRAUCGAGUGAAUGUUUCUUCAAAGGUUUUGAGUAUUAGGAAAGUGGUGAAGAGUGAUUCUGGACGGUAUAUCUGUUCGGUGGAGAACGUUAUGGGAAAGUUAUCCAUUGGCUCUAACUUAAAUGUCCUUGAUCCCGUGGUACCCAAUAUUCUGUACAAGUUCAGUAUCCUCAAAGUCACUGAAAGCGAGUCCAUUGAUACGACUGUCGGUACUAGAGUGACGUCAAUACCAGGAAACCGACUGACGCUGACCUGUAAUGUUAGCGGGCUACCAACACCUAGCAUCACGUGGAAGAGAAACAAUCUAUUGGCUCAAGAGGGAGGGUCGACCUAUACAGUCCCCUCCCUCAAGAUAUCUGACAGUGGUGCUUAUACUUGUGUUGCUAAUAACUUGGCUGGUGAGGUGAGCGAGACGUCGAACAUCUUUGUAAUAGCCGGAAGGAAACCAGAAAUCGUUACUCCCAAAACCAACAUCAUAGCAACGGAAGGAGAAAACGAAGUGUCCGUGGAUGUUGGAGGUAACGUCACGACUAUCGUAGGAACAGGAGUUGAAAUCCGCUGUUCCGUGACAGGAAAACCAACACCUUCCAUAACCUGGCUAAAGAACGGGUCUGUAGUAGAAGCCAAAUCAGUAAGGUUGUUCAACAGAGAAACCAAUGCGCUCACCCUUCUUGGCGUUACACAGGAUGACAAUGGAUUUUAUACGUGUUUUGCGAACAAUACUUUUGGUCAAGUUUCCGAGACUACUCAUCUUACUAUAUUUGCUCAUCUUAAUGAUUUUUUUUCCGAGACUACUCAUCUUACUAUAUUUGACGCUGAAAGACCCGCAAUUAGAUUCUCCAAGCGAGAAAUCGAAGACUACGAAAAAACAGACUUGGAAAUUACUAUUGGAGACAGCCUCAAAACCCUCAUUGGCACAACUAUUACUAUCCAGUGUAACGCCACAGGGAACCCACCACCAGAAAUACAGUGGUUCAAGUCGGGAAUUAUCAUCAACUCAAAGUUUCCUAUCAAAGCCUCGAACAACACUCUUAAGAUCUAUGGCGCCACGUGGUCUGAUACCGRGGAAUAUGAAUGUUUGGCGACCAACGGGGCUGGUUCAGAUAAGAAAACCUCAUUUGUGAAGUUUGUCCCUCCUGAAAAGCCAGUGAUUUUCCAAGAUCUAAGUGUGAUCGAAGUAUAUAACAGAACCCCCGUUGCCAUGACGAUAGGCAACACCCUCAAGACCCUUACACAGACCCCUAUCACAAUUAGCUGCGCUGCCUCUGGAAUUCCUAUGCCCACCUACGCUUGGACCAAGAAAGGAAACCCAAUCGUCUCUUCUAAUGAUCUGGAAAUAUCUCUGGAAGGCAGGCAGUUGACGAUCAGAAACCUUGUCCUGAAUGACGCAGGAAUGUACGGUUGUAAGGCUAAGAAUAAAGCGGGGACGGACGAGGCUAGUGCGCCUAUACUUGUACAAGAGCCAAUCCUGCCUAGAAUUGAAUCAACAGACGAGAAUAUCACGUGGUAUGAUAGAAUACCAUUAUCUUCUCCCAUUGGAGGAAAAAUCACAGCUCUUACUGGUACCCAGGUAACCCUGACAUGUAACGCCAUAGGGUUCCCAGAAGCAGCAGUGGUUUGGAGACGCGACGAUGAGGUCAAUAUACUCGAGACUGAUGGCCAAUAUAAGCUAGAAAAUCAAAGUCUAGUGAUAUUUGCUGUUCAGCCAGGAGAUAGUGGAUCGUAUAUCUGCUUUGCUGAAAACCUUGCAGGAACAGUGAAGUCGGCAACUGAAUUGAAUGUCAUUGAUCCACAAGAACCUGUCAUUAUGACUUYCAAUAAAAUCGUCCGAACAGAAGACCGAUCACCCGUUGUCGCAACCAUUGGCAAUAGAAUCAUCGUAAUCGCAGGCACUCCAGUAUCGAUCACAUGUCCUGUUCAAGGGAUUCCAAAACCUUCUGUGUCAUGGAGUAAUGGAGGUCGUUUUUUGUACCCAACAAACAACAACUCGACGCUUGUGUUUGCUACCACAACGGUUGCAAGUAGUGGGGAAUACACGUGCACUGCUAUUAGUCCUAUUGGGGGUGAUGCUGCUUCCUCUGUUCUGUCUGUUGCAGAACCAGUAAAACCAAGAAUAGUAGCUCCACCCGUUGGCAGGGUGAUUCCGCUGACCAACAAGACUCGAGUCUCUGUUACCAUCCGGGAUAACAUAACGGUUUUAUACGGCACGGUCUUAGACAUAACGUGUUCAGCAAUUGGAUUACCUACCCCCACAAUUAUCUGGAAUAAAGAAGAAAGAAGGAUUAAAAAUGGUAAAUCGGUCAAUGGUACUUUGAAAGUCAGAAUAAAUGGGAAGUCCGAUGCUGGGAGGUUUACCUGUGUAGCUAUGAACAGUGAAGGGGAUGACAGUGCCACCUCUAGUAUCAUGGCUGUCGAGCCAUUAUCUCCACGAAUUCAUUCUCGACGUGAGUUAAUCGAUGCACUUGAUCAACCACGUACGACGAACUCUACAGUCGGGACAACAAUCAAGACCCUAUCGUCCACAACAGUCAUCCUACAAUGUCCCGCCACAGGAAGCCCGGAUCCUAUUAUCCAAUGGAGUAAAUCAGGUCAGCUGAUUGUCUCAGGGGAUGGAGUCACAUUGACUGAAAGAGGAGACCUGAUGAUCCGGAAAAGUCGCGUUGUGGAUAGCGGAGAGUACACGUGUUUGGCUCGUAAUGUUCUGGGGGAAGACACGGCUGUUUCUACAGUGAUUAUCAUGAAACCCACACGUCCCGAGAUAACGAGAUCUACAGAUUACAUCAUCUGGUACGAAAACCGCCCUUUCAAAAGCAAGAUAGGUAACAAUCUAACCACGAUGAAGGGACGCAAGCUAACCCUGGUGUGCCCAGCCAGGGGGAUGCCACGCCCUGAGAUCACGUGGUACAGAGGGGGCGAAAGAAUGCGUAAUGAAGAUAAUUACGUAAUCGAGGGCAAUACUUUGGUUAUUUGGGAUCUUAGUGUAUUUGAUACCGAUCGAUACACGUGCGUAGCUGAGAACUAUGCAGGCAGUGAUGCAGCUACUUCAACAGUCAAGGUUCACGACCCUGUAGAACCUUACAUCUUUAAAUCUCGCGGUUCCAUCAACGCGCUAUCCGGAUAUACCCCGAUCAACGUCACAGCCGGGCAAGACGUCAAAGCACCGACAAACAGCCUAGUUGUCCUCAUCUGUCCAAUCAGAGGUGUGCCACGCCCUAAGAUAAUCUGGUUGAAGGACCAAGAACCAGUAUUAUCAGAUAAUAACAUCGAGGUCGAUUGUAAUGGUACUCUAAAGUUUCAUGGUAUAAGACCCACUGAUGCAGGGGAAUAUAUUUGCUAUGUGGAGAGCUUCCUUGGAAUGGACUUGGCUUUAACCCACGUUGAAGUGGUCGAGCGAAGCAUCCCAGUUAUUCAUAAAUCCAACAACAACAUCCCGAUUAUCGAUAACGGCGUAGCUAAAACAACUAUUGGAGAUAACGUGACAGCGUUACUAACACAAACCAUUGUUAUCAAAUGUAACGCAACGGGAAUACCAUAUCCAAUAAUAACCUGGACAAGAAAUGGUCUCAAGAUAGAAUCUGUUGGUAUGUACUCAAUCGAUGAUAAAGGGACGUUGACCAUCACAGGAGUUGCUAGAGAUGGUGUUUAUAGAUGUUCAGCAAAGAAUAACCUGGGGACUGAUAGCGCUACGUCUCGUGUUACUGUUAAAGAACCGAAAGGUGCCGAGAUCGUCUCUCCAAGGAAACCCAAGACCAUCCCCUUCACGCACAAUAAAAACGUGACCAUUAACGUUAGAGAUAACGUGACAACUUUACCAAAUGCUAAUCUAACAAUCAAGUGCGAAGCCGUCGGCGUUCCUGAACCUAGCGUGACAUGGACCAAGGAUGGUAACGCAAUACCAUCUGAAGACAAGUACCAAGUAUUAGAAAAUGGAGCACUUGUCGUGGAGAAUGUUGGUGAGAGUGAUUCAGGGCGCUACACGUGUAAAGCAGRAAACUCUAGAGGGGUUGAUACUGCAUCGUCUCUAGUUAAUAUUUCAAAACCGACCAAACCUGUAAUUGAUCGACCGAUCGAACCACGAAACGUCAAGCCCACCAACGAUGGUCACGUGACUGUAAGUGUAGGGGAAAACGUCACAGCAGUAAUUGGAUCUAGGAUACUGAUAGAAUGUACAGCAGAUGGUGACCCCAAACCUUCAGUUACCUGGACUAAAGACAACGUAGAACUGAAAACCGAUGAUCGGUACACUGUUCAUGAGAAUGGUACACUGGAAAURUCAAGCGCAUCAGUAAACGAUAGAGGGAAAUAUGUGUGUACUGCUAAAAGCGCUGGUGAAGAGGACAGUGAGAGUAUACAUGUGAUGGUUGUAGAACAAUCUAAGCCUUUUAUUACCAGACCAAACAAGCCUCGUACCAUUCCUCCACACGAAACAUCUCCCGUCAAUGCAACAAUUGGUGACAACGUCACUGUUCUUACUGAAUCUGACCUCACCAUUGAUUGCCCUGCCACUGGAGUACCGCAACCAAUUAUAUCAUGGAGUAAAGAUGCGUCUGCUGAAGACAGGGGAAGAUAUACUUGUGUUCUUGAAAAUCUUAACGGAAAAGUGAAUUCUUCGACGAACGUUAAAGUUGUCGACGAAGAAAAGCCUCAAAUCACCAGACCAGACACGCCUCGUAACAUUCCUCCCAACGGCAAAGGCCCCGCCAAUGCAACAAUUGGUGACAACGUCACUGUUCUUACCGACUCUGACCUCACUAUUCAUUGCCCCGCUACUGGUUUACCAAAACCAAUCCAUUCUUGGAGUAAAGACGGAGAGAAGAUAAAGCUGGGAAUAAACUUUUUCCUUUUACCCAAUGGAACAUUGAUYAUCAAGAAAAUAUCGUUUGAUGAGUCAGGUACUUACAAAUGUACAGUGGAGAAUAUUGCUGGAAAUACRAGCCAAAUAACUCAAGUAUUGGCCGUUGCUCCCAAAAAGCCGCACAUUUCCAAGCCGAAAGAGCCCCGAACACACCCUCCAAAAGACCGCAAGCCUGUCAACAUAUCAAUCGGUAAUAACGUCACUUYACUACUCAAUACACCAAUCAAAAUCGUCUGCUCUGCUACUGGAACACCAAAGCCAACUAUAACGUGGAUGAAAGAUGGCAAGGCACUUGAUCAGUUGGACGAUAGGUACUCAGUAUUUGAGAAUGGGACGCUUUUGAUUGCACAAGCAUCACUAGAGGACCAAGGAAAAUACACAUGCGUAGCUAAGAACAAGAAAGGAGAAGAUAACGCUUCCUCCACGGUCGGCAUUGCCAGUUCUAAGAAACCCAAAAUCACAAGACCAAAGGAACCCCAGACCCUCGUACCUAAAGAUCGCAGCCCCAUCAACAUUACAAUCGGAGAUAAAGUCACAGCAUUGACUAAUACACUAAUCAGUAUCGACUGUCCAGCAAGUGGAAUACCAAAACCAAAGAUAUCAUGGAGAAAGGAUGGUCAAGAAGUGAUCCCUGGGGGUGGAUAUGUAAUCCUUGAGAAUGGGACACUGGUGAUUGAGAAGGCGUCUGCUGACGACAGGGGAAGAUAUUCUUGUGUUGCUAAGAACGUUGACGGGGAGGAGAGUGAAAAUUCUACGGUUAAUGUCACCGAUUCAGAGAAACCUAAAAUAGCUGCAAAGCACAAGCCCCGUGACGUCCGCCCACCUGACCGACGCCCUGUUAAUAUCACUGUUGGAGAUAACAUCACUGCUUUAACCAACACUUAUAUCUCUAUCGACUGUCCUGCAACUGGCACACCCAAACCUACAACGACUUGGAUUAAAGACGGACAAACUGUACCUGAGGGGGGUCGAGUGGCUGUUCUUGAUAAUGGUACCCUCGUGAUUAAAAACGCUUCUCCUGAGGAGCGAGGAAGAUAUACCUGCAAAGUGAAGAAUGUUGACGGAGAGGAUAACAAGACAUCAACUGUGGAUGUUGUUGAUCCGGAAGCAGCUAGAAUCAGGCGACCAAAGAAUCUUCGAAACAUCACAUCAGAAGAUGGAGCCCCAGUGUCUGUAGACAUUGGCAAUGACAUCAUAGCUAUUGCAAACACCAAAAUCUCCAUCAACUGUCCUGUUUCUGGAACUCCUAAGCCACUCAUUACGUGGAGAGAGAACGGUUUUGAGCUUGUUGAAAGAGAUGGGUACAAAAUCCUUGAUAAUGGGACUCUGGUUAUCGAGAAGGCCAAGGCUAUUGACAAGGGGCAGUACACUUGUCUUGCGACCAACAUCGCUGGGAAAGACAGUGUGACAACAAAUGUUAAAGUAUUGAAACCAACAACACCAAUGAUAACUCGACCAAACAAACCACGCUCCGUAUCCCCUGGUGAUGGUAGUCCCGUUAAUAUUACUAUAGGCGACAACGUGACUGCUCUGACCGGUACGCCGAUAACCAUAGACUGUCUGGCCACUGGAGUUCCUUCACCUCAGGUUAUCUGGACAAAAGAUGGCCGAGAAUUAAGGUCUGGUAGUGGGUAUGUCGUUUAUGAGAAUGGCUCGCUACUGAUCGUCCAAGCCUCGCGAGAAGAAAGGGGGGAGUAUAAGUGUGCGGUGAGAAACAAGAAUGRAGAGGACAGUAAAACAUCGAUGAUUGAUACUGUGGAUCCUAUGAAGCCAAAAAUCAAACGACCCGAUGAACCACGAUCUAUCCUUCCUAAAGAUCGCAGCCCGAUCAACAUGACAAUCGGAGAUAACGUCACAGCACUGACUAAUACACCAAUCAGUAUCGACUGUCCAGCAAGUGGAAUACCAAAACCAACCAUAUCAUGGAAGAAAAAUGGACAGCCCAUUACGAUUGGGGAUACUUUUGUGGUACAUGAAAAUGGUACUCUCUUUAUAAAACAGGCAAAUAAGGAAGACGAAGGAAAAUAUACCUGUACGACACUCAACUCUAAUGGAGAAGAUAGCAAAUCUUCAAAUGUUGCUGUAGUAGAUUCCAAGAAGCCAUCCAUCAACGAAACUAACUCUCAAAACAUCCCAGUUGGUGGUGGUGGACCAAAGGCAAUAAAAACAGGCGACAACGUAACUACAAUUCCUAACACACCCAUCAGAAUCACGUGCAACGCUGAUGGCAUACCCAAACCAUCUGUCACGUGGUAUAAAGACGGCCGGGAGAUUGUGCCAGAAGAUAACGCUCGUGUUCUUCCAAAUAAUACUCUUCUGUUAUUGGCUGUCACCCCAGAACAGGGCGGGGUAUACACGUGCAAGGCGCGAAAUAUCGAUGGGGAAGAUACUUCCAGCUCGAAAGUAACUGUAGUUUCUUCUCGGAAGCCAAUCAUACUGGUACCUAAAGUUAGCAGAAAUAUCCGCAUUGGAAACAAACCUUUCCAGAAAAUUACGAUCUCUGAUAACGUCAGAACCCCACCAGGCAAGAAGAUAUCCAUCACUUGUACAGCACGUGGUCUACCUGAACCCAAACUUACCUGGAGUAGAAACGGUGUUGUCCUACGCACGGGCGGAGAGUACGAGAUCGACAAGAAUAAUACUUUGACUUUAAAAGACGUGAAGCUGAGUCACAGUGGAACGUAUACUUGUACAGCAAAGAAUGUUGCUGGGGAAGACAGAGCUUCGUCUAAAGUGACGGUUGUUACCUUUUCCGAACCUGAAAUACGUAAACCGAUUAGCAGUCAGAACAUCCAAUCAGAACGAAUAGCUCCCGUUGUCAURACGAUUGGUGACAACAUAACCGCGUUCAGCGGUAGUACCAUCACAAUAACGUGUAACGCCACUGGAAUACCAAAACCUCUUAUCACGUGGCUAAAAGAUGGCAGAGCACUGAUACCUGGGGUGAAGCUUGUCAUUGAUCAGAAGGGAAGCCUUACAUUACGUGAAGUKGUAUCCCAGGAUAGUGGUCGGUAUACCUGUGUUGCCAUGAACUUUGCUGGAAGAGAUACGGAGGACUCGUUUGUUACGAUCUUAACUCCACAGUCACCAAGCAUCCCUGUCGCUCAAACCAAACAAGAAAUCGACGUAGACGCACCGAUCUCAGUUGACGUAGGUGCUGACGUCAAUGCUCUUGCUGAGACCACGAUAUCCAUACACUGUAAGGCCAGCGGUGUGCCUCGGUCCACGAUAACGUGGAGAAAAGACGGUCAGUUGGUCAAGCCGGGAGAAUUUUACGAGGUUUUAAGGAACAAUACUUUGGUCAUAGAGAAGGCGCAGGAGUAUGAUAGCGGUGUAUAUGUCUGCACGGCUACAAAUAUUUUUGGAGAGGACAAAAAAUCGUCGACAGUUACAGUCACUGAAGCCGAAAUUCCAGUCAUACAACGAACAAAUGGUGAUUUCGAAUCAUCUGACAUGAAACCAGUCGAUGUCAAUGUCGGUCGUCAAGUGACAUCCCUCAGUCGCAUCAACAUUAAUCUUAACUGUACAGCCCGUGGUAUGCCCCCGCCCCGUAUUGAAUGGAUGAAUGGCGGGAAAAUGCUAGAUGUCAAGGGACCGAUGCUGUCACUGAAGAAUGUCAGUGUAACUCAUUCUGGAAAGUACACGUGUAUUGCUAGUAACGUGGCGGGAAAAGCUAACGCGUCUACCUUCGUCAAUAUUACAGAACCGGUCAGUCCAGUAAUCCACAAAGCAAGCUCAAAACUYGUUCUCAACGCAGUGAAAUCAGCAUCAUCCCUCAUCGGAAAAGAUAUUGAAAUGUUGACUGGAUCCACGCUCUUACUUAUCUGUAAUGCCACAGGGCACCCAACACCUAAAAUCAGUUGGACCAGGUUUGGUUUACCCCUCGCAAGCAGAGACCGUUAUGUCAUUAAUGGUAUGACAUUAAAGAUAUUUAGUGUGAGACCGACGGAUACGUCAGAAAUCACGUGCACUGCGACAAACGUGGUGGGCGAGGCAGUAGAGACAUCCGAACUAUUGGUCCGAGAACUUCUUCGUCCGACCAUCAACUCCGUCAAGAAAGAAAUCAAGAACUUCGACAAAACCAACCCGAUCCGAGUUCCCAUAGGUACCAAACUGAUCACAACACUAAACACCACUGUAGUAGUCAGGUGUCCAGUCACUGCGCGACCACGUGCUGCGUUGUCCUGGCAACGAAAUGGACGACCUGUAGUUGCCAAUGACAAGUACAAACUGAAUGAUGACAAGUCCGAGCUGACGAUCACCGAUGUCCAGUUUUCGGACGAUGGAGCGUACGUUUGUACUGCGUUUAACCGUGCUGGGACGGAUUUUGCAACCAUGGAUCUUAUAGUAGCAAUUCCACCUGUAAUAAACAAUGUCAGAGGAUCAUUUGAAGUAACCGACAUCCGCGAGCUUAUCUCCAUAACGACUGGUGCCGUGGUAACGAUACCAAAAGGAGUGUCAAUCAAAAUCAAAUGUGAGGCAACCGGAGUUCCCACGCCAAACAUCGCGUGGUACAGAGUUGCCGAAGGCUCUAAGAACUGGGAGCCAGUAGGAAAAGUGAAUGAGCGCUUGUAUGUUGAUAAAGACAGUUACCUUUCAAUCCAGCGUUCAAAAGAAGUGGAUAUUGCACGGUAUGUUUGUGUGGCUACCAACAUAGCGGGGCGUGACGAAGGAGUCACGCACCUGAAUGUCGGAGUUGUUCCUGACAUUCCUGGCCACUGGGCCGCUGCAAGAAAAUUCACUCGACCCAGUGUCAAACGAAUCGAAACCAUGGCAACAGUCAUCCGGGGAUCAACCUUGCGACUCCGCUGUACAGUAUACGGCUCACCUAAGCCUGAAGUCACGUGGAAUGUUGUGGGUAACGAGAACAGAGAUCGUUGGAAGAUUUACCCUGAUGGCACUCUACAGAUCAAAAAGGUAGACUUCGCAGAUGAAGGGAACUACACGUGUAUUGGUAAAAAUAAAUACGGAACUACGUACAGGAGCACCAACGUUACAGUUUUAGUUCCUCCCAGGAUUGUAGACAAGUUUUUCAGCGAGGCCUACCUUAAAAGAAAAGCAAAAUUCAUGUACGUUAGAUAUUCCAGUAUCACCAAACUUGCUGUCAAGAGACAACGAAUGCGUUCGGCUGCGGUCGAAAAGGGAGGUAAUAUUAUCAUUGGUUGUCCUGUGAUGGGCAGACCAGAGCCUACAAUUCUAUGGCUGAGAAAUGGUCUGAAAGUCAAGAAUGAUAGUCAGCAUCUCGUGCUUGAUGGAGUUCUCAUGAUUCGGAACAUUUCCGACACAGAAACUGGAGAGUAUUUCUGUUUUGUGAGGAAUACCGCUGGUGAGGAUGGCGGCGGGCUCGAGCUACACGUCAGAGACAAGAUAGUUGGGAGCUGGAAAGUCUCGCGGUGGAGUGAAUGUCAGUAUUGCUAUGGCAACUUUUUAGGAUACGCUAACAGAACCGUGGAUUGCAUGGAUGACAGGAACAACACGGUGCCUGAAUCGUACUGUAGUGCAGUACCUGCCCCACUCACGAGACAAAAGUGUCGAACACGCUCUUGUGAAGCUAUUUGGACAAAAACCUCUUGGUCUGAAUGCUCGGCUUUGUGUGGAGGCAAUGGUGUCAGGAAGCGCACCGUAAAAUGCGCGUUUUAUAAAAGUUUACUACCAGCAGAUGGACUCUGUAAUCCCUCUGAAAAACCCAUCGAAUCAGAACCUUGCAACAGAGCUCCAUGUGGCCAGAGAAUAUGUAAAGACCGAGUGAAUUACUGCAGACAAAUUAAAGAUAGGAAUUUAUGUACAGCGUAUCGAGUCUGGUGCUGCGAGACAUGUGGAGGACGAUAAAGAACGAUAUUCAUCUCUUCAGACCAUUAAAACGAACAGAAAAUUUGAUUACAAUAGAAUCUAGCAGCCAAACGACAACCACUGGGGCAUUAGCACUUGAUAUUUGCCUUAGUAGCCUCACAUUGGUGCGUUUCAGAACGAGGUCAAAGGAGCAAAAAUGAAGAUGUUGAAUUAUCUUUUGAACAAAUAUGGCCGCAUCUUUUUAAGUUCCAGUUCAAAGUCAUCAUGUAAAUUCAUUUUAUUUAACUGAGCUCCCUGUGACGUGAUGAAAACCACAGGGUUCCCAGUAUUGUUUCCAGUAAAAGAGCAAGCUAAGAUUAAUGAUAGUAUAUUUAACAUUAGUGUAGUUAAUAUAGAGCAAGAGAUAUAGUAUAAAGAUAUCAAAAGUAUGUUUCAGUUGAUAACGCGCGGUAAAUGUUAGACAUGAAUUUUUAAAGUACCAAA